AUGGGCUUUCGGUCAUUGUUCUUCUACUACACCAUAAUCGCGUCCCUGAAGCCGUCGUCCGGGGCAUCUAGCACUGGGGACACUGCCUAUAACUUUGUCGAUCCCCUCAUCGGCACUCGCAACGGCGGCCAUGUUUUCGCUGGAGCGACUCUGCCCUUUGGCAUGGCAAAGGCCGUAGCCGAUGUGACUGAGGAUAACCAGGGUGGAUAUGCCUCUAAUGGAAGCCCGGUGACCGGAUUCUCCCAUAUGCAUGACUCCGGGACUGGUGGUGCGACUUCUCUGGCUAACUUUCCUAUAUUUGUAUGCACGCGCGCGUCUGACGACGUCAAUGACUGUGUGUUCCCGAAAAGCCAAAGAUCUAUUGGUGUCGUUGAUGAUAGUGUGUUCGCGCGCCCUGGUUACUUCACUAUUGGCCUGGAGUCAGGCGUCAAGGCUGAGAUGACCACGUCAAAUCAUACAGCCUUGUAUAGAUUUACGUUCUUCAACAACGCUACUAGCGACGCUGCAGUCGAUGAAUCCCUCAGUCCUCUCCUGUUUAUUGACUUGACUGAUCUUCCCAACACUCGUAAGAAUGGUACUGCGUCGGUAGAUCCUGAUACAGGUCGAAUGAUGGGCACGGGUACCUUCAAUCCAUCAUUUGGUAUUGGAACAUAUACACUUCACUUCUGCGCGGAUUUCAAAGGAGGGUCAAUCCAAGAUACGGGCGUAUUUAUCAACACUCGGGGCGGCAGCGAACCGAAAAAUAUAACGCUUCAAGAAGACAAUAAUUCUCCCCCAAUUCCAGCCGGCACGUAUGCAUGGUUCGAGGAAGUCAAUGAGGGUGAAGAACUGAUAGCACGAGUUGGACUUUCAUUUAUCAGUCCAGAGAAAGCCUGCAGGAACGCGGAAGCCGAGAUUCCAGACUUUAGCUUCCAAGACACCCUUGCCGUAGCCGAGAAAGCAUGGAAAGAAAAAUUCAGUGUGCUUGAAAUCGACACUAAUACUCCCGACAAUUCGACUGGUACAAUUUCCAUGGAUGAUCUGCAGACUAUAUUUUGGAGCGGAGUUUACAGAGCAAUGAUUAGCCCUCAAGAUUACACAGGCGAGAAUCCUCUUUGGGAGAGCGAUGAACCAUAUUACGAUUCAUACUAUUGCAUUUGGGAUUCCUUCAGAUCGAUCCAUCCUUUUAUCACUUUAGUAGACCCAUACUCCCAAGCUCUUAUGAUUCGUUCCCUUAUCGACAUCUACCGACACGAAGGUUGGCUUCCGGACUGUCGGAUGUCUUUAUGCAAGGGCUGGACACAAGGCGGUUCGAAUGCUGAUAUAGUGUUGGCUGACUCAUAUUUGAAGAAUAUCACACAAGGAAUCGACUGGGAUACAGGAUACGAGGCACUGAUUAAGGAUGCCGAAAUUGAGCCUCAAGUUUGGGAUUAUGAAGGCCGAGGAGGACUAUACAGCUGGAAGAAUCUUGGUUAUAUUCCCGCGGACGAUUUUGACCCGUAUGGGAAUGGCCUUUUUACUCGAAGCAUAUCACGGACAGUCGAGUACGCUUAUGACGAUUUCUGUAUCGCCGAGAUGGCAGAAAAAUUAGGAAAGAAGGAUGAUUAUGAGAAGUAUACUGAAAGAUCUGGCAAUUGGGUGAACCUGUAUAACCCAGAUCAAACCUCAUCUGUAAACGGGGUUGACACUAACUUCACUGGUUUCCUCCAACCAAAAUAUCUGAAUGCUACCUUUGGCUUUCAAGACCCAAAUUUCUGCUCGCCACUAAACAAUUUUGACUCCUGCUAUCUUAACCCAAACGGUCAUGAAACGUAUGAGGGUAGUGCUUGGCUCUACACGUUUUUCGUGCCUCACGAUAUGGCCACCCUUAUCACCACCUUGGGAGGUCCAGAUGCGUUUGUCAGAAGGCUCGACUUCCUUCACGAGAGCGGGCUUCUCUAUGUUGGAGAUGAACAAGGCUUCCUUCCUAUCUUCCAGUACCACUAUGCUGGCCGGCCAGCUAAAUCGGCAGAGCGAGUACACUAUUACAUACCGAGUCAAUUUAACACCUCAACAGCGGGCAUACCUGGUAAUGACGACUCAGGGGCUAUGGGUUCAUUCGCAGCCUUGGCGAUGCUGGGUAUCUUCCCAAAUCCAGGUCAAGACGUUUACUUCAUUACACCUCCAUUCUUCCCAACGGUUUCGAUCACCAAUGGAAUCACAGGUAAUACAGCAACUAUCAAAAAUAUCAAUUUCGACCUCUCGUAUAAGAACAUUUACAUUCAGAGUGCCACCCUAGACGGGAAAAUAUAUACUAAGAAUUACUUGACACACGACUUCUUCAUGAGUGGCGGCACCCUAGAACUCACACUUGGUCCACAGGAAAGCACGACAUGGGGAACGGGUGAUGAUGAUGUGCCGCCCAGCCUUAGCACAAAAUGGAGGAUUUGAUAUCAUAACGCGCAUAAUGUACAUAAGAGAAUGAAAACAAAGUCGACUAACAAUAGAAGGCUCUCUUGCUUGUAUAUAGGAGAAACUACUAUGCCGUGGUUUGAUUUCUAGUAGGCAAUAUUGAACAAUUGCAUUUGGAUUUUGGUCAGUAGGCCAUGUGCUGCUGGCUAGCAACACGCUAUGUCUCACUGAAGCCCCCCGAGGUUGGUGGUGUGUAUGUCGAAUUGUAGCUGUCAGUAGCAUGUAGAAAAGACGCCGGAGAUUUCCGAUAAGAAUACUAGAUUCGGAU